AUGAGAAUUCAUAAGAAAGAGAUUCCUCAACUUGAAAUCAAGCCAGCAAAUUCUAAAAUCCAGAUGUUAAGAAGGCGCCCAAUUUCGGCAGCUAAAAGUAAAACCUAUAUCCAUACAAGAUCUGGAACCUUUAAAAUAUGCUCGCCAACUGGAGAAGGUAGAGAGCAAGCCCUUAUGAACCUUCGAAAAAUGUUCACAAAAGAAUAUACUGACAUCUCACCUGCCAGUACAACAAGCGCUCAAAGUGGAAUAAGAAAAUCAUUUUCGCCUCGUACAAAUCCUCCUGGGUCACCUAUAUGUGAAUCGCCUAAGGAGCCACAGCUAAAUGUGAUAUCCAUGGAGCGUAUUAAAAUCAUACAUGUGAGGUCUAGGACUCAAAUUCCUUGCUAUAUAAAGAAGAAAUAAAUGGGGACAUUGAUGGGAGAUUUGACUACGAGGAGUACUCAUAUGGAGCAGUUAGGAGCCAUCCUGAUGAAGCUGAAAGCAGGGCCUCUGUCCAUUUUGGCGCAAUUCUUAUAGAGCAGGCAGGAGACAUAGCGAUGAAGCUAAAAACAGUGCCUUUCACUUUGAAUUAGACCUCCAGGCUUGGGAAUAUCUGCUGAAGAGGGAAGUUCUAGGUUUUCUUGUCCCUGCCAGAUGGACUUGAUAGGGUUCGCACCCACUUAGUCUUUGUAUCAGGAAUAAAGAACAUCUGCAAGAGAUUGCUCUAAGAUAGGAAGCUAAUCCUUAGUUUCUCCACCGAAGGCUUUUUUUUGAUAGAUUUUACUUACUAAAUAGGCUUCUCUAAUCAGGACCAUCAGGGCACUCUACAGAUGGUGGGUGGCCCUAGGGAGCUAAUCCCUUGGGCAGGUAGUUCAGAUCGGCAAUCCAAAAGGGUGACCUUUUGUGGCCAAAAUGGGCAAAGGCUAGUGGGUUUACCCUCUGGCUAACAUAACAUUUAACUAACUAAAUAACUCACUAGCUUGCUAUACAAUAAAUGCAUAUCCAUUGUAUCACUCUCUAAAAACCAUUAAAAAGCAAGAGCAGUGUAACAAUGAUGAUCUUGAUAGCAUCCCUCAGCUUGAAACGGGCAAUGAGGUGAAAUUGAAUAAGAUCAAAAGAAACCCUUCAUCUGAGUCUAUUUUGGAAUUAAAUUCAAAAAACCCAGAAAGUGUUUCAUCAAAAUGUUUGAAUUUUGAUAAAAAGAAAAGAAUAUAUAACAGAAGAAAAUGGAAGAGCGAGGCAAUAAAUAUCAAUUACCUCAAUGAUAGCUCUGACAAUCAGACAAUGAAAUAUGAAAAAGAAGUUAUUUCAAUAUGAAAUAAUGCUGGAGCAGUUAAUGGCCUUGGAGUUGAAAACAAUAAUGGUAUUAAGUUAAGCCAGGAAACUUCAAAUGAAUUUAAGAGCUCUCAAAAACAGUUUAUUCCAAAAUUCGGCUCAGUAUCUAGUUUAAACUGCAAUUUUAGCCAAAAGCCAAUUGAUUUGAUGGAGAAAACUCCACAAACGAAGAGGAUCAUAGGAUUUUCUCAAUGAAAGCAGACUGAUUCAGAUGAAGAAACAGAAAAAUCACUGAGUCUAAAGCCAAUUAUAUUUAAAAUUAACCCAAAAUCAAUCCCAGAGAGUUCAGGUCUCUCUGAGAGCAGUAAUACGAAAUGUGAAAAUUGCUUGAUAACAACAGAAAAUAGACCUCGAUCAGCAAGCUCAUAUAAAAUUGAUGUAUCUAUUUCAAAAAAAGUAUCACCUUUUCCUCGUAAUUUCAAAAAGAGUUAA